AUGCUUGGUCAGCGUGAGGACAUCCUCCAAAGAAAAGCCGAUGAAAAAGUGACCCACGGGGGCGAGCCACCCAAUUGGAGAAUCCCCAGGCAGAUGGGAUCCUUAGGUCGGAAGGCAAUGGUCACCGGUGGUACGGGAUAUUGUGGCUUCCACCUGAGCUGUGCUCUCAUCCAGGAAGGGAUUGACGUGGUUAUGCUUGAUAGACGUGAAUCUAGAUGGAAGCUCCCCAAGGGAGCAGUCUUCAUCCAGUUCUUUCUUUCCCACACAAACAUUUUCCAGGCUGAUGUGCGGGAUUAUGAGAAAGUCUUCCAAGCUAGUGAGGGAAUCGACACCAUUUUUCAUCUGGCAAGCUUUGGCAUGUCUGGUGGUGAACAACUCGAAAAGAAAGAUGAGAUUGAAUCCAUCAACGUGGGAGGAACAAAGAUUAUCAUUGAUGGUGAGGAGCAGGUGACCUCUUUGCCCCUCUGGUGGAGACUUGGGCCUCCGCCAUCUUCCCAGCCUGGAAUGGAGAAGCCUCGCGACCCGAAACCCAGCCGCUUCUACAAAUGCAACAAGGAGGAUGGCAAAAUUGUGGAAAACGCUCCUGAAAUCCCGGCGCUGACGUGGAAGAAAAUCAGCGACAAGGCGGUUAUAACCGGAGGCGCUGGUUAUCUCGGCUUUACGCUCGGCUGUGCUCUGGCUAAAUCGGGAACCAGAGUCAUUUUGUACGAUUUUAACUCGCCAAUCUGGACAUUCAAGGGAAUAAUAUUAAUCAAGUCGGACGUGAGAAAUUUUAGUGACUUGUAUUCAGCUUGCGAAGGGGUGGAUUGUCUCAUCCACGCAGCCUCGUAUGGGAUGACCGGCAUAAACAAGUGAUUGCACAGGAAACGCAUUCGGUCGGUCAACAUCGGAGGGACCGGAAUCGUCCUUGAAGUUUGCAAGCGGCGAAGAAUCCCCAGGUUGAUCUACACCAGCACCGUCAAUGUGGUUUUUGCAGGAGAAACGAUCGUGGACGGCAACGAAGCCACCGUAUCCUAUGUUCCUUUAGAGCAGCAAGUUAAUGAAUAUUCCCGGACGAAAGCCAUCGCAGAACAAAUGGUCUUGGCAGCUAAUGGAUCAUUCCUGCCAGGAGGAGGAAAGUUACACACCUGUGUAAUCCGCCCUCCUGAUAUUUAUGGACCGGAAGAGCUGCAGCCUUUGUGUCGGUUGGCUCUCAAUAUGGAAAGAGGUUUUUUUCCACGUCCGUAUCGGCGAUCCGGGUCCUCCAACUGGGUCCAUGUGAAAACCUGGUUCAAGCCCACCCUUGCUGCCAAGGCUCUCACUCCCGAAAUGGAAUAUGUCGCGGGUGGCCAGGUGUACUUUAUCAACGACGGGGAAGAAGUCAACCUAUUUGAAUGGCUCUCGCCCUGGUUCGAAAGACUGGGCUACAAGAAACCAUGGAUCCGUAUUCCUGUUUUUCUGGUUCAUCUAACAGCUGUCGUCGUGGAAAAAGUACAAAAUCUGUUGUUCCCCAUCGUGGAAAUCCCACCCCUGAUCACCAGAAACGAAGUCCACAAUAUGUGUGUCACACACACCUUCAAAAUUGAUAAAGCUCAGGCCCACCUCGGCUACCUCCCGAAAAAGUACUCGUUGGCCAACUGCGUGGAUCAUUUUAUGAAAAAGGGACCCCGGCCGAGGAGUUUUUUCUUACGGAAAUGCCUUUUUCUACUAGUCCUCCUCGGGGAUAAUCGCACUGUCCGUGAACUUCACUGA